CGCGUCAUUCUAUCUUCUCUUUUCGUUUGUGGGGCCACCACGUUAGUCGGUUAAAUUAUUUGUGGAAAAUUGCAAUUCUCUAAAAUAUCUUAAAAAAUGUCUUUUGGAGAUGUAAAAACAGCAAAAGGCUUGGAAGAAUUGAAUUCUUUCUUAGCAGAUCAUUCCUACAUUGAAGGUUAUAUUCCAUCAAAAGCGGAUCUUUCUGUUUUUCAAGCAAUAGGUAAACUCCCAACAGGAAAUCUUGUACAUGCACAGCGUUGGUAUAGACAUAUUGCAUCAUUUGAUAGUAAAGAACAAUCCAGUUGGGGUGGUAAUGCCCUUCCACAAGCAGCGGGUGGUAAUACGACUGUGCCAGAUAAUAAAGCCGCAGAUGACGAUGACGACGUAGAUCUUUUCGGUUCAGAUGAGGAAGAUGCUGAAGCUGCAAAAAUAAGAGAAGAACGUCUCGCCGCAUAUGCUGCCAAAAAAUCAAAGAAACCUGCAUUAAUUGCAAAAUCAUCAGUACUUUUGGAUUGCAAACCAUGGGACGAUGAAACAGAUAUGAAAGUUAUGGAAGAAAAAGUAAGAACUAUCGAAAUGGACGGCCUAUUGUGGGGUGCCUCUAAAUUAGUGCCAGUUGGUUAUGGUAUCAAAAAAUUACAAAUUAUGUGUGUAAUCGAAGAUGAAAAGGUUUCUAUUGAUUUGUUAACUGAAAAAAUCCAAGAGUUUGAAGACUUCGUACAAUCAGUGGAUAUUGCAGCAUUCAACAAAAUUUAAUAACAUAUAUAUUUACUUUUUUUUUUAAAUACAAUAUCCGUUUUUAUUUUUUAAUGAAAAAUGUAUUUAAAUGCGUACUCAUAUUAAUCACAAUUCCAAUUAAUUUGUUGAAACUUUAAAAUUAUGUCCACUUGCUAGGAAUAAAAGUCGAUUUUUUCUAACAAAUAA